AUGCCGUCCUCUCUCGAGUCGCCGCUGCGCACGCUCUUUGGGUCGCUGGAGAAGAAUUACCCGCAGUACCAUGACCACCUCGCGCAGGCGCACAAGAUGGCGUGCCAGGCCUCCGAGGCGCUGGACAAGGCGUCACCGUACCUCGCCAAAGCGGCCAGCUACGCCUCCGUCGCAAAGGAGCAGGCUACCACGCUUAGGCUGGACGAGUUCGGCCCGAUGUUGCUCGGCCUCGCACUCUGCUUCUUCGGCGGCUCCUACACAAUGCUGGUCGCUGUCGUUGAGACAGUGCACCUGCUCUGCUGGGAGGAUCUCAAGCACUCCUUCCAGGUGUUGUACCACAACUACGAGCUGGCAGCGGAGCAGAACUACAAGGACCUCUGCGUCGACACCGAUGGCAACUGCGUGACAGACGUGCAGGAGGUGUGGGACGGCGACAUGCUCUCUCGUAAAGCUGCGCUGUUCCUCAAGUCGGUGGACAUUGAAGCUGCUCAGGCGGCGGGCCGCACCAUCGGCGCUGCAACCAUGUCGGUGAUUGCGGCGUUGCGUGUGAGGUUUGCCCGAUCGCUCGCACUCGGCGGGUCGCUGGCGAGUAUGGCGAUGACUUAUAUCCCGCUGGAGGCAACGCUGAAGGACGCGCUGCCAGUAGAGCACAAGAAGUGGUCCGGCGUCAUCGCGAAAGCGGCGGCUAACGUGAUCGCCAUGACGCUGGCGUCCAUGAUGUGCGGUGCCAUUUGCAUGAUGCACUGCUGCAUCCGUGGCGCGCACAUGUUUGUACAGCACGCCGUUCACAUCGCGAAGGGCUAUGGGCUGCUGGAGGAUGACAUGACGCUGGACAGCCCCAAGGCGACGGCGCUGGCUGCCAUGGUCGCAUCGAUGGGGCUUCUCUGGCAGGUGACGUACACCGAUGCGAACCCUUUCCCCAUCAACAUCCUUCUCCUGCCCUUUACGGUGGCCGAGUACGUGCUGUUUUUCGUCGUGAACGGCUUCCUCUUCGCUACUCCGUAG